GGUUAUAGCAAGAACGGGAGGGAGCACGCACAGUCCUACACCACAAAGGGGAAGAUGGGAACUUCUUCCUCAUUCCUCACGUAAAGUUACAUAGAACUCUUCAUUCUCUGCAAGUUUCUCGCCUCCAUUUCCCCUUCUUCCUUCGUGUUAGAGAAACAUGAACUUAUACAGAUGUGGAACCUUGUUUAUCUGUGUGUUUUUUCUGAUGAGACUGUGUUCGGCGGACCAUCAACAACACAUAAGCCAGAUUUAUCCCGGAUUCGAGGCAUCUCAGCUGGACUGGAAUGACCACAGUGGAUUGUUCUUACUAUCCAACAACUCAGUUUUCGCGUUUGGAUUUUUCGGUACCCUCGACGUUUCCUUGUUUGUUUUAGUUGUCAUUCACUUGAAAAGCUAUAAAGUGGUUUGGACUGCUAACAGAGGCUUACUGGUAAGAAACUCUGAUAAAUUUGUGUUUGACAAUACUGGGAAUGCAUAUUUGGAAAAAGGGGGUGGUGUGGUUUGGGCAACAAACACAACAGGUCGUAAAGUCAGAGCUAUGGAACUGAAAGAUUCAGGUAAUUUGGUAUUGAUUGGUGAAGAUGGAAGAGUUAUUUGGCAGAGUUUUAGCCAUCCUACUGAUACCCUAUUGCCUGGUCAACUUUUUGUUGAAGGAAUGAGUCUCAAAAGCUUCCCUCGUAAUAACUUAUUUAGUUAUCUGACCUUUAUGUCUGGUGACUUGGUUCUGUGUGCUGGAUAUGAACCUCAUCAGAUUUAUUGGUCCCUUUCAAGUGAAAGCAAUGUCAGUAAGGGGGUUCAUUUCCAUUCUGCUUCUUUGGUUUCAAAUUCUUGGAAUUUUUAUGACAAAGGUGGAGAUUUAAAAUGGCAAUCUAUCUUCUCUGAUAAAUCUGAUCCUCAGGCGAUGUGGGCGGGUAUAUUAGAUCCUAAUGGUGCAAUCUCUUUUUAUGAUCUUAACAAGGGAAAAUCUGUUACCCCUGAAGCAACUAGAAUACCACAAGAUCCUUGUGGCAUUGCUGGGCCAUGUGAUCCUUAUUAUGUUUGCUUCUUUGAGAACUGGUGUGAAUGUCCUGCACUUCUCAAAUCUCGUUUCAAUUGCAAGCCUCCAAUCACCACGUCGUGUUCUCAAACCCGAGAAGACCUUCUAUAUGUCGGUGAAAAGCUCGAUUACCUUGUCCUCAAGUAUGUUCAACCAGUUUCUAAAUCAACCCUGAGCGCUUGCAAAGAAGGUUGCUUAAGAAACUGCUCUUGCCUUGUGCUUUUCUUUGACAACAGUACUGGAAAGUGCUACCAUUUUGAUCAGACAGGAAGCUUCCAACGCUCUAAGGCAAAUUCUGGAGGCUAUGUUUCAUUUAUGAAGAUCUCUAUUGAAGAUGGAUAUGGAAGAAAAGGAAAGAAUCCAACUCUAUUGGUCGCUGUUGUAGUUAGUUUCACAAUUCUGGUAAUUAUUGGACUAGUGCUGGGGUUCUGGCACUACACCAAAAAUAAGCAUCUCUUGAAGGAUUCUCUAGAAACGUUAGAGGAGGAGGAUUUCUUGGACAGUCUUCAUGGUAUGCCAACUCGUUUUAGUUAUAGUACUCUAAGUAAAGCCACCAAGAAUUUCUCUACAAAAAUUGGUGAAGGAGGGUUUGGCUCAGUUUACCUAGGAGUGCUUGAAGAUAGAUCUCAAUUGGCUGUGAAGAAACUGGAAGGACUAGGACAAGGAGCCAAAGAGUUCAAAGCUGAAGUUUCCAGCAUUGGAAGUAUUCACCAUGUUCAUCUGGUGAAGCUGAAGGGCUUCUGUGCCGAAGGCCCUCAUCGCCUUCUUGUGUAUGAAUACAUGGCAAGAGGUUCUCUGAACAGAUGGAUCUUUAAAAGCCAUGAAAAUGCUUUCUUACUGAAUUGGAAUACCAGAUUCAACAUUGCAUUAGGUACAGCAAGGGGACUGGCCUAUCUUCAUGAGGAGUGUGAGGUGAAGAUCAUACACUGUGAUAUCAAACCAGAGAAUGUCCUUCUUGAUGAAAACUUCACAGCUAAAGUUUCAGACUUCGGUUUGGCUAAGCUCAUGAGCCGUGAACAAAGCCAUGUCUUCACAACACUAAGGGGAACAAGAGGGUAUCUAGCACCAGAAUGGAUCACCAACUAUGCAAUUUCGGAAAAGAGUGACGUGUACAGCUACGGGAUGGUCCUGCUUGAGAUUAUUGGAGGAAGGAGGAAUUAUGAUCAAUGGGAAGGCUCAGAGAAAGCUCAUUUUCCUUCUUACGCCUUCAGGAUGAUGGACGAAAGAAAACUCAAGCAAGUUCUUGAUCCAAUGAUUGACAUUGAUGAGAAUGAUGAAAGAGCUUCCACUGCAGUGAAAGUUGCUCUAUGGUGCAUACAAGAUGACAUGAGUUUAAGGCCUCCCAUGACCAAGGUUGUUCAAAUGCUUGAAGGUGUUAUCCCUGUACCUGAGCCCCCAUCAUUAUCCACUUCAAGUUCUUAUUCAUCAUUCCUAAAAAUGGGUAGUGAACAAGCUUCUUCAUCCACACAGGCCUCCUUUUACGGUAAUGUACCCCUAUCUUGUGUUCAGUUGUCAGGACCCAGAUGAAAAAACGUGGUCAUUACUCAUUAACUAUAAACAUGUACUCAAUGUUGCUGUACAAGAAUAUAAGAAGGUUUGCAUGCGCUUCAAGCCUAUGUGGUGAUAGAUUUUUUUUUCUUUUAUAUUGGCACAAGCAAAUAAUAGAAAAGAGAUAAGCUGGUUCAAUUCAAAUUUUAGAUCUUUGUGAUAGAGUUUCAGGUAAAAAAGAUUUGAGUGAAAUGGGAAAUUAGUUUAAAAGUACCAGUAACUUCAGUAGUCGUCGGAGUCGCUAUAUUGGACGAAUGGUGGAUGAAUAAUGACAAUAUUUAUCAUCAA